UCACUUUGGUCUCUUGUGCACUCGACACGGUAAAAUUUACAGCGGCGGGAACCGUGUCACUUUGUGUCCUGAAAAUAAAUUUGCAGUCGACGAAGAGGACUGCUGUAUAAGUGUAUAGCGAUCGGCCAAAACGAUGAAAGUAAAUAAUCGUCCGUAUAAUUGUGAUUUUUUAUAUUAAAAAGAAAAGAAUAGAUCGAUGAGAGAAUGCAAAGUGAUGUUAAGAAAAAUUGGGGCGAAAUGGGUCUCGUACCAUUGGACACUAUUCAAGAGGCCAUGGGUUCUAUGGGCCCAUGGCACAUCGUGAUUGUAGUGGCACUCUCUCUUGUCAAAUUUCCGGUAGCUUGGCAUCAACUUUCCAUCGUAUUUCUUGCACCGCCCCCCAAUUUUACAUGCAUUGCGCCAUUAUCAGUGACGCCUGACGACGUGACAAUGAAAUGUGAAGUUGAUGUCGGAAAUGGUACUAUGGAAAAGUGUACAGAUUUCAAAUAUGAUAGGCACAUAUUUCGAGAGAGCAUUAUAACGCAAUGGAAUUUGGUAUGCGAUAGAGAACAACUGGCAAAUUUUGCACAAUCUUGCACAAUGUUCGGUAUCCUUAUUGGCAAUUUAAUUUUUAGUGUAAUGGCCGACAGAAUUGGACGAAAGAAACCAUUGAUGAUUGCGCUCGCGUUGCAAUCGGUAUCUGGAUUUGCAAGUGCAUUCGCACCAUGGUACGAAUUAUUUUUAGUACUGAAAUUCAUAUGUGCCGUAGCAACUGGUGGAACGAUGCUCGUUGAUUUUGUUAUACUUAUGGAGAUUGUUGGAAUUGAAUGGCGGUCGAUCAUGUCGGUUCUGUUCCACGUGCCGUUUCUACUUGGACACUUAAUGAAUCCCUUAAUAUCUUACUUGACACGCACAUGGUAUCGUUUUCAAAUGGCUGUCUCGAUACCAUCAAUUUUUUUACUGACGUAUUACUGGAUUAUUCCAGAAUCACCGAGAUGGUUAUUAGCCAUGGGCAAGCCGAGACAAGCAGAACGGAUUUUGUUGAAAGCUGCCGAACGAAACAAGAUACCGGUGGAGAAUGUGAAACUAGCUCUCGAAACUCAUGAAAGCCAAGCAGAAAUUCGAAUCACGAAGAGUAAGGAAAAAUAUAAUAUCAUGCAUUUAUUUAGAACUCCGAAUCUGAGGAUGAAGACUAUAUGCGUAAGCUUCAACUGGUUCGUUUGCGGUAUCUGUUUCUUCGGAUUAGCGCAGUACAUGGGUCACCUCGAUGGCGAUAUAUUUGUCAACGUUGCAGUUUCUGCUGCUAUGGAACUACCUGGGACUGUGAUAGUUCUGUUUCUAAUAUCACGAGUUUCCCGUUUAAAAAUCUUGAUAGGAGGACAUAUCUUAUCCGGUAUUAGCUUACUUUUAAUAACUCUGCUGACCGAUGCUACUGCCCGGAUAUUUUUAGCCUCGCUAGGCCUUGUGGGUAUGGCAAUCAGUUUUCCUACGAUAUACUUGUACAGCGGUGAAGUAUUUCCGACUGUUGUGAGAAAUAUUGGCGUUGGCUUAGGAAGUAUUUCCGCCAGGAUCGGCAGUAUAAUCGCACCGUACAUUGCCACAAUGGGAACUAUUCAACCUUGGUUACCUCCGGUAAUAUUCGCCAUAGGACCAAUACUUGGCGCAGUACUUUGUUUACUUUUACCAGAAACGAUGAACUGCGAAUUACCAGAAACAAUAGAAGAUGGCGAAAACUUCGGAAAGAAAAAACCUAAAGCAAGUACAUCAACGUAAUUCUGUAUAAAAAAUACAUUGAAUUGUACAAUUAUUGUUAUAACUAUAAUGCGAAUAUUAUAUAUAGAAAUAUAAUAUACAAUGUUAUUCAGUUCCGUAA